CCUUACUCCUACCCUUGGUGAGUCUGGUACUUCCCCAUGAUUCUUUGCUGCACUCGUGUCUUCAAAGCUGCGAGGAUGUUUUCAACACUCGUUGGUCACUCCGGUCGCGAGUAUGUGCGCCAAAAGUUGAUAUUGAGGAUGACAAAUCUCGAUCCAGCGAAAAGAGCAUUAAUGUCGGAUAUUAUCAUGGAUCCUUAUUGGAACUGAGUUGACGAGUUUCCACGGUAUUGAUAGGAUUGCAAACGAGCAAGGUAAGGAUCCAGAUUGGUUGACGGAUG